AUGCCUGCAACGUUCACCAAUUUGUACGAUCGUGACGCGGAACUCGAUGUCGAUUACUAUCUGAACACCCAUAUGCCACUAGUGCAAAAGUUGCUUGGGCCCUCGGUUCUUAUCUCAUGGAAACUGUGGAAGCUUCCCGACGACAGCCCCUUUUCCUACGAAGGUGAAGUAAUUUGGGCUAGUAUCGAGGCUCGGGAGGCCGCCUUGAAGACAAAGGAAGGCUCUCAGUGCAAAGAGGAUCUUAAGAAUUUUGUGAAGAAGCCCGCGAUGGUGUUCCUGCGCGAGCUCGUGGGCUCCGGACCUAAUAGUUGA